AUGUCUGGCAAAGUCCUUCUAGAGUUCUUAGAAAACCGAAGGCAGCAUGAUGAUGAUUCAGUGGACCAGAGUGAGGUGCCGAAAGGCGAAACGGCGCUUGAUUUACUUACUGCUGAGGAAUUGAAGCAGACCACUCAUCAGAUGACACCGAUGGACAGUUCUCAGGUGCGUAACUAUGCUGGCGGAUUCGUUUUCAAAGUUGAUGAAAUAACUCGCGUGCGGCGGUUCCUGAUUCUGGGCGUCGAAGGUGGCACCUAUUACGUCAAGGAGAUGGAACUCGCUGUGGAUAACGCAAAGUUCAUAAUCAAUAUGAUCGAAGAAGCGGUUAUGCUGGAAUGA